UUGGUGUGAGGGUGCGACGUGUCUUGGUGUUCUAAGGACUUGUUCAUUCUACAGUAUUACACAAAGUCAACCUAACACCUAGUUCUCCUGCUAUAGACUGGAAAUAUCCCACACACAUAAAUAUUGGCAAAAUUCAGAAUGUGCGACCGCCAAUAUCGAUGAGAUAAUCACCAGUCUUGAACACACGUACACCAUGGCGACGUCUUACACACUCCAGGAACCAAAGUCUUUAUCCAAGUUGGGGUAAGCUUAGGUGAAGAACGGUUGCUGGGAAAAAGACAGCCAAAGCCGUAAGGAUGGACCCACAUAUGACGAGGGAAGAUGCAGAUAUCCUGGAAUUUGGUCCUCACCGGCGACUACGUCAAACUCUGUCCCCCCAAGAAGUGGAGCCAGUCAAGAAGAAAAAACUCGUCAACUUCAAGAUCUCUCUUAAGGGACGCUGGAGAAGUGACGAUAAGGGCAGCAUCGAUGAAUCUUAUUACAGUACAGACAAAUCUUAUUCUUCAUUCCAAAUGCACGAGAAACCAAGAAACUCUAAACGCUACGGUGAGAAGACAGGCAACAACGGGAGUAUCAGGGACAGCAGACCCUUCGACGAGACGGAAUCCAUUUCAAACUACGAUGAUGGAAGGGCAGAGUUCAGAAACUUUAAUGAAGGAAAGGACUAUAUCACAAAGUUUAACGAAGAAAGAGAUGACAUGAGAAACUUUAACAAGGAAAGAGAUGACAUGAGAAACUUUAACAAGGAAAGAGAUGACAUGAGAAACUUUAACAAGGAAAGAGAUGACAUGAGAAACUUUAACGAAGAAAGGAGCGAUAUCAGAAACUUAACCGAGAGAAGAGAAGACACCAGAAACGACAAUGGAAGAAGAGAAGACUUGAGAAACGUCAUAGAUGGCAGAGAUGUUGGAAACUUUAGAGAGAUACCAGACCUCAGGAAAGAUGUGAGAACAGUCAAAGAAAAGAGAGAAGAUUUCAGAAGGAUAAGAAUGAGGACAGGAGACGAAAGAAGAGAAGAUGAUAAAAAUGCCAACGUUAUGGAAGCUGUAGUUAACAACAGCGUGUCGUCUGGUGUACUGAGCAACAAAAACACCACCACGCAGACAAAGAAUUGUCCCAAGUCGAUUCUUACUCAAAGGUCGCCAAGUGCCAACCCGAAAAGUGACUCACGGGGAAAACGAUCCCUGAAAUCUUCCUACACGUCCUGGGAUAAGAUUAGGACCGUAACUACCAAUAAUAACGCCAAGACCAACCGCCUCGACAACGUGGUGGAGAUGGUAACCACCCUGAAGAAGAGGACGGGUUGCCCAGCGCCGACAAUCUGGACCCCGUCAGUACCCCGGUCGAUGCCAACUCCUAGACCAGCCAACUUCCAAAACCAGGAGGAGCCAGGUCAUGGGCACUACGUCAUCUCCUUCAUCUCGAGGGCGACGUCGCAGACAAGGCAGACAAGGCAGAGGAGGCAGAUCUCCCUCCCGUACAAGCAGUCGCAGAGUCACUACGAAUGGGAGACCAGAGGCAAGAUGUACGUCAACUGGCUCAAGGGUGUCAUCACUAACCCCGACCUGCAAGAAGGAAUCAUCAUGAAAGGUCUGGAGAUUGCUGUGCCUUACCCCAUACUGCACAUGCGCGAGAAACUACCAGACACGCUGAUUGGCGGAGACGGCGAGAGACGUGUGCUGGAGGGAAGUCUGGGCUCUGACUGUGUUCUACAUCAAGGGGUGUACGAAGAGGUAGUGUCAUGGGUUCCAGAACUUCUGGUGACCUGCCCGAGCGAUCCGUCUCAGUGGGCUCGCUGCUACAUUGUCAUUGGCUUCAAGACGCUUGACGGGGAACUAAACGAGAAGAUGGAGACGCUGUGGAAGGAGUGGACAGGUGCCCUCUACAUCUACUGCAACAUUGACGACGACCUGGGCCUUAAGAAGCUCGCCUUCUACAGGCGUUUCUCCGCCCACCAUUCCACCCUCUUCUCCUACAUGCUGGUAGUGGAGGUGGACACCGUCACUCAGGAGAACUCCCUCCACCUCCUCGACUUCACUUACCGCAUGCGGAUGAAGCACAUGACCGGGUUCAUCUCCGUGUACCAGGAACACUACCCUGACGGGGCGGUUGAUGUUGUACCCGGAGGGUCUCCUGUGCCAAGCACUGCCCAGGCUGCUGCAGCCGCUGCUGCUGCUGGUAUCCAAGUGGAAAAUACCGUUCUAGAUUUAAAUAGGAUUAGUAUAUGA